ACCGACAACCAUAAGAUCAACCGUUACAAGGCUACAGACACUGCCAGCCAUGUUCUGCCUCGAAAAAUAAAUUACUGUUUUGGGUUUGUAUUUAUUUUAUUUUAUUUUAUUUUUUUUUAGCAUUUAAACGCGCAUACCAAGAUCAGUCUCGGGGGGGCAUAUCUAGUUUUUUUUAAUUUUUCUAAUCACAUAACCGGACAUAAAGGGGAAGGAUAAUAAAAUGUCUUCGUCGGAGCAGGAGAUGAGGUCUGGCGUUCAGCUGGUGAGCGCGCUGCUGCUGCUGCUCUCGCUCUCUGGUUGUUCGAGCAUGGAUGUGCUAGUGUCCAGUUACAUCAAUGCACUCAAUGGAACAACUGUCACAAUCCCCUGCACCUUCACUUCCUGCUACAAGAUUGACCGGACCAAGUUUGCUAUGAAUUGGACUUACCAAGAGACCCUGAACAAUACAGAGGAAAAGUUCAUGACUUAUGACAAGAAUAAAGGAAUGCAACCAGUACCUUCAAACCGGUUUGGAGAGAGGGUUGUGUUUUCUGGUAACCUGGAGAAGAACGACUUAUCGAUCACGCUGCAGGACGUUCAACUGGAGGACGAGGGGAUUUACAACUGUUAUGUGAGGAACCCCCCGGAUCGCAUCCAAGGACAUGGUGUCAUUGACUUCAAAGUUGUCACAGAACUUCCCCCUCCGAGAGAUUCAACCAUUGCUGUUGCCAUUGGGGCAUCAGUGGGGGGAGCUUUAGCUCUGCUGAUCCUUUCAAUGGUGGUGGUGAAAUGUCUCCGCCGACAUCGGAAGCAAGAACUGAUUUCAGAGGAAAAGAUGGAAGAGGAGGGAAAGCUCGAGCCUGAAGCUGUUGCAGAGGAGGGAACAAAAUUACCACAGUAGUCCAAACCAGUCUCUGGAUCUUCGACUUCCUGCUCCUCGUUUUGAGCUGUGUGCCACCUCCUUCAGAAACUAUAGUAACCACUGCUUGAAUCAUCUCACUGGCCAAACAUAUUUGCAUGUGUCUGUCUUUGUGUGCCAAAUGCACAAAAGAGAGAAGAUCUUGUGUUUGUAAGGAAUGAAUGUAUUAAUGUACAUGUACAUACUCAUCAAUGAAAUGGCUGUUUUUAGCUUUCUUCCUUUAAUCAUAGACUAAAAACUCCUGACUUAUUUUAUCUAUAUUGCCAAGAUUUCAUCAACAACAAUAAUGAAUUUCCUGAUAUUUCCACACCUUUCCCACCAUUGUCAGGUCAGUACUGGAAAAGUUAUAAUUUACAACUGGGAUUUCAACAUGACGAUAUUUUUGCUCUUCCUUUGAUUUUUCCAACCUACACUACAGUAGUCUGGGAAUGUUAAAUUUUACAGCAGAUAUACAUUUUGGUAUUUAAUUCCAAAAUUAGCUAAAUUAGAUAUACAAACUUCCAACCAGUAAAUGGUUCCAAUAUGAUUUUUGGUAUGUGUUGCAUAUGAAUUGACAGUUAUUAGUGAUAUACUUAAAUCACCUUGGCUGUUGAAUAAUUUGAGUCAAAUACAAGAAAAUAGCGUUUGAGGACUCAAAGCCGGUUAAAAGUUACAAGAAUGCAAUAACACAGAAAUAACAUAUCUUUUGGCUAAAAAAAAAAAAAUUACAAUAUAUAUAUUUAUUUAUUUAUUGUUCUUUAUUUUAAAGUUCUAAAAGUUUACAGCAGAGUCUAGGAUCAGGAUAGAUGAAGCCAAAUGAAGAAAACCAAGUUUUACUUUAAUCCAGUACAGCACUGCUGUUCAGACAAGACAAAUUUCACAAGUACUUCAGAACAACAAAUAGAGGUUUACAACGCAGGCUAAAAGAUCAUUGGUGGUAAAAAUGGCACUUUAUGUUACCAUAAACUGUUUUCAGUCGCAAAUUUUAGAUCCUUAUUGCAAUUUUAAGGAGAACAAAGAAAAACAUCAAAAGCUGUAAUCUUACCGAUGUCUGAUGAUAGAAUUGAAUAGAUUGAAUUUACAUAAUAUAAGGCCAAGGGAUCCUGCAUUGUGCCCAGCCAAAGUUUUUUUUUUUUUUUUUUCAGUUCACGUCCAGUCAUAGCUAAUGCAGCUAGCAUUAGUAUUGCUGACCGGUUGUCAUCACAGCCGGUCAGCAGCUGCUUGACAACUCAGCCAAACGAUGUUUUUGUGCCAGUAAUGUCGACUUAUGUCUGAGCCAGAGAUUAUUCUCAAACAUUCCAACAAUUGUGAACUUUUCACAAAUCGGAUGCCUUUAUUCAUUUGGCCUUUUUAGAGGAGACUUUUUUUUUUUUUUUUUUGUCACAGUGGAAAAAGCACAAAUACAGCUAAUCACAUUCGCAAUAGCGCCGGCCGAUUUACUCAAGUUAACGAUUAUGGUACGCUCUUUGCACUUUUGAGUCUUAAAAUUGUUUAAGUGAAAUGCCUUUUUUAGAUAUUUAAAAAAUAAAAAAUAAUAUAAAAAGAGUUAACAGAAAAACUCCAGAGGUGCACUGUGUCUUAUAUAGGAGCUGUGAAGGCGGCAUUUUAAUGACAUUACUACAGUCAGCGGGAAAACUAGAAGCAAUCACAGGAAGAGACUAAAACUUUCUGGACCUGUAUGCACACUGUCUUCUUUCAUUGUCACUUUUUAUUAAUUGCAUUUGUUAAUGUUCAUUUAGAGGUUAGUGAUACAUUUAUGUUUUAUUAAUAUUGUGUGUUCAGAGCACUUUAGCAGAUUUAAUACAAACAGCCAAACAAUGUCUAUUAUAUUUCUGGAGAAGAUUAUAAUAUUGUAUAUUAUCAUAUCAUGGCCUAAACCCACCAUACAAAAAAAUCCCUCAAGGUUAGGAUAAUUCUUUUAUAAAAGGAGAUAGAUAUAGAUCUGGAGGAAUGUGUUGCUUGCCUUGUUAAGUUUUAUAUAAAGUCUAGAAGAAAAUGAGCUUUUCCUGCAGUAAUAUGACCUUGCACUGACAAAAACAACCUCUACUUUGAAUACAUGGAUGCAGUGGGGGAAAUAUUAUAGGAUUAUUCCCAUAGUAGUAAAUACAGUUAAGUUAUUAAUACUCAUUGCAAAUUUAGAUAUGAACUUCAGUUUUUUUUUUUCACCAUAAUGUUUAUUUAUGAUCCUAAAUGAAAGAAGGCUCUCUCUCAAAAUAUAACAAAAUAGUCUAAAAGAUUAUUCUUAUAAAUACUGACCAUCUUUUUGCAAGGUAUUUUGACCAUUUAUCUUUGGUCAUGAACUUCAAGUUAUUAUUGUAAUCUUGAGCUCCCUUUAAUAUCAGAUUUAAAUUGAGUCUCUGGCUGAGCUACUGUGAAACAUUAACUUUCAGGCAGAAGAAAUGUUGGAAAAAUUACUGCUUCUCUUGAACCAACUCUACCCUACAGAUGUUCUUUGGGACUUAGAUUGUGAUUUCUGUGGAAGAAAGAUUCUUUUGUGUACAGAAAAUGAUUUAUGUGCUUUGUGAGACCCAAUGAGAACCAAUUUUUAACUUUCUGGUAGAGUCCAAAAGAUUCUUAUUAAAAAUAUUUUGGUAUUUCAAUAAGUUCAACUGCAUGUCAGAUCCUCUUCUGAAUUUGACUGUGAACAGAGUGAUAUGUAUUUUUUUUGUUUAAUGACAAAGGGUGAUUGUGGUGAAAGGGUCGAUUUUGGUCUCUUGAAUUUAGUCAACAAAAAAAAAUGUUUUUGUUUUUUUUUUGUUUGUUGUUUUUCCAGCACUCACACAACUAAUUACCAUGUACAAAGUGUCUGAUUUUGUCAAAAACAACUAUUUACCUCCCUUCAUAUAAAUUACUAAAAUUAAAGACCAAAGGCCUUUUUGCAGAACUUUACAAGAGUUCCUUAGAAAACACACAUUUGUAUGUGACAAAACAGAUUUUACACAGUUAUUUAAAGAACAAAACAACUUUAGAAUAUAAACUUACUCUACUAUUACCUGGAGGUUCACUGGAUUGACAGUCACAUUGUCAUUUCACUCAAAAUUAUUCUCAUUUGUUCUUCUAGGAAUGAGAAUUAUUUAGUGUCAGAUGAAGUGAAAUAUUAAAAACUAGAUUAUUAAUACUUUUUUUUUGCCAGCCAGAAACAUGGUGCAAACAAAAAAUGUACAUUGCGCCCACAAUCUUGUUUCAUAAUGGUGUUAAUAAAUGUCGUCACAUUUUAUAAAGGUCAUGAAAUAAAGACACAUAAACAACGGUUAUUUAGUAAUAACAAUGCAUAUCAGGGACCCAUAAGAUCUUAGUACUAGCAGUGGUCAUUUUACAAAACAAUAUCAAAUGAUGAACAAUGAAAUGUUUUACAUUCUGUUGAUAAACCGACUGGAAGGAGCACACAGUGUAGUGCUAAUAAACCUGCUUAUCUGUGAGAUUUAGUUAUCCACCAAAGCUAGUAAAAUGAAUUGUUUUGGCAGCUGAAGCAUGCACAUUUUAAAGCGCUGCCAUGAAUGCAUGUCACAUUCCACAUAUCAGAAGAAAUAUCUAAUAUGAAGGUAACAACACUUCUUUUUGAUAUAAAAACACAUAGCGAUGCGAGUCGCAGCAUGUUUAAACUUACAUUUGCUUCAGCAGUCAGUGGUGCAGUUUAUCACUCUUCGUAAAUUUCUUAUUUAUUUUUUGACAUGUAUUAGCUGCACAUAUAAUUUAGUGUCAGUAACUUAUGUGCACUUUAUUGUGAUUUGUUUGUAACUGUUACCUCUGAAGCUGAAUAUAUUUUAAAAGAUGAGCUAUAUUGUUUAUUGACAAGUGGAGUUUAUUUUUAAAGACUGAAAUAAAAUGAGAUUCACUGCAAAAAACAAUCUGAAAUGUAUAAAAUACUUGUGAAGUUCAGCUGGUAAUAAGAUAUGGCAAUAAAAUGUGAGCCAAGGGAAACUGGAUUUGCAAAUAGUUUAAACUUUACUGUUAGAUUUGAAAAAAAAAAGAACUGCAGUUCUAAGAAAAAA